UAGCUUUGUAUAUAAAAUUGCCACAAUUAACGUGAAAACAUUUUCCGGAAAUACGAUCAGUUUGCUGUCUGCGAGGAACAUAACCCUGAGAAGGAAGUUGCUCGCUAAUGUGAUGGUUAGCGCGUAAAUACCGGGGAAACGUUGUCCUAAAUCCUCUGUACUACGAGUUAUCUCAAUAGCUAGAUGUAGACAAGCAUGUGAACGACACUUGUGAAUAGCGAAGACACCAUACGUCUCACAAUUAGCUUAUUGACUCGCUGUUCAGAAUGUUUUGCUUUAGUAUCAUUGAUUUUAACUUGAAAAUGUAACAGUCCUCCUAGGGAAAAGAAGAGGGCAAUCCAAUGCAGGCUGAACCCUGUGACCAAGAGGAGCCCCCUUCGGUACUGUGGGGGCUGGACCCCAUCUUCUCUGCGCACGCCAGACUUUAUGUCAGAGACAUCCUGCAAAUGAAGGAGUCCUGUCAGGUCCCAGGCAUUUAUUUCUACAGAUUUCACCCGAUUUUCACAGUGGACGUGUUAGGAACUGUAGUAUACAGACGAGAGAGAGAUGACUUCUUCUGCUAUGGAGUGGAUGAUGGCACUGGGGUCAUAAACUGUCUUUGUUGGAAGGAUGAACAAUGGAAGCAACAAAAUGAACAUGUGAAAUCUGCUCCUAGGUCCCUGGCUAGCAGCCAUGGAGGCUUCAAUCCAGUGGAACAGCUGAAGAAACUGCAACAGGCUCAGCGCAGCAGGUCCCAGUUAGAAAUUGGAGAUGUGCUGAGGGUGAGAGGGCCAGUUCAAACCUCUGUCCAAGGACAGCGAGAAAUCAUGGCCUCCACCUAUUAUAAAGUAGAAGACCCAGUGAUGGCAGUGCAGAUUUCCUGGAUGUUGGAACUACCCCAGCUCUAUCGCAAAUUCUAUGACAGAUGCUUCCAGAUGCAGGAAUCAGAUCUUACUGACAGUGCCCAGUCUGCUCCCGCUCUGCUUGGGCGGGCGUCAGGUUUGCUCAAGGACUUCCUGAGGGAGAAAGCAGUUGAAAGGUUUCGGCCCUAUGACCUUCUGCAGAAGCUGGUUCCACUGAUCCCCGACAUUCCUCCGGAACCAUCAACACAGCAGGAACCAACACCGCAGUCCUCUUCAAAACAGCUCCAUCAGCUCCUCAGAGAAACUCUGCAGCUUCUUCAGGAUGAAGGCUUGGUGUUUCGUAAAGUAAUAUCUCAGGAUCCAGUCUAUCAGGUCACUGAACUGGACAAGGAGCUACACAGGGUGACCAGAGACAUCAUCAGAGAGGAUUCCAAACGAGAGAAGUAUGCGGAGAAGGGUUGCCAUGUCUUGCACGUCCUUUCUGCUGUGAGACAGCGUUACUGCCCAAAUGUGAGCAAGGUGGUCAUAGAGGUUGUCCUAAAGAUUCUGGAGUGCAACAGUGAGAUCAUCAGCACCACAGACAGCCACUACAUCGUCCUAUGACAAUUCUCUGAAAAGACCACUUGUCAUUCCAUAGUCUGCAGCGGAUGCAUAUACAUAGUUUGUUUAUAAAUAUUUUUUUUUUCAGUUGUGAGUCAUAGGAAACAUGGAUGAUAUAAUGCUAAAAAAAAUUUUAUAAACAAUGCCCUCACUCUUUCAUGAACUCACUUUGCACUUAUUAUGAUGGGUGACAUCAUGGUACAUUAACGGCUUUCAUACUGUACUUUUGAGCAAGAGGUGUAUAAAAACAGUAGAGGGCACUAUCUAUUAGUUAACUGUAGGUAUACUUCAGCAAACACAA